GCUGUAGAGCAUACUUCAUGCUCGGGUAAACGUCAGCACUGUAAAUAGAAGUGCUGGAAGUGCUUUGAGAACGGAGGCGCGGGUCGUCUUCGUGUGCGCAGCGACGUAAUUGCGUGCGGCUCAAGUUCUUCGAGCAACAUCCCACAACGUCGACGUAAAACCGGGUAGCUGAAGCGAAAAUGGCCAAUUCCCCGGUGUCAAAUCCGGCAAUUCCGUAUGUGGGAGAGGUGGAAGGAGGCCUAAGAGCAGGUACGAUGGUGAAAAUACAAGGCAAAGUACCUCCUGAUGCUGUCAGAUUCGCUGUCAAUUAUCAGCUUGGGCCGUCAUUAAAUCCAAGAGAUGAUAUAGCCAUUCAUGUGUCUCCACGCUUUUCUGAAGGCUUCAUUACCCGAAAUCAUAUAGAGUCUAUGAACUGGGGCAUAGAAGAGAAUGCUGGCCCAGUGUGGAUUUAUCCAGGCCAGGAAUUUGAGAUGUUGAUCCUGUGCGAUUAUCACUGCUACAAGAUAGCUAUAAAUAGCAACCACUUUGCAGAGUUUGCUCAUCGAUUGCCAUUCAUUAAAGUUACCCAUCUGGUGAUUGAUGGUGAUGUGGAGAUACACUCAAUCAUUUAUGAGCAAAUAAAACUAGAUGCAUCAAAGUCUCCUGCUGCAACAUCAGAUAUACCAGCUGCCAAUUUUGGACCACCACCACCAGGUGGAUUAUACCCGACAUUAGGACCUCAGGGUGGAUAUGGACCUGCUCCUCCAGUCGGCUAUGGUCCUCCUCCCGAUGCCUACGGCGGUCCUAAUGGCUAUAAUCCAUCAAGAGCUUAUGGAUAUCAGCCUGGUCACGAGAAAGCAGAGGAAGAAGAUGCCUUUGGAGGCUGUUUAGACAAAGUUGGAUUAGCGUUAGGCGGAUUAGUAGCAGCUGGAGGAGUAGCGGCAGCUAUGCACGCGCUAAAUAAGAAGAAAGAAGAGACUGACGAAAAGGAUCACGAGAAAUCGGACGCUACCAAGUCGAAGACAGAGAGCGAAGGUGGUUUGGGAAACUUAGGAUCUCUCGGGAUGGCCCUAGCCAGCAGCCUGGCGAGCAACGCCCUGCACAGCAACACGCACGCACAACAAGGCUAUCCUCCCCAGGAAUCAGGUGGCGGAGGUGUAUUGGGAUCUAUUCUUGGAGCGUUGGGUGGUGCUGGUGCUGGUGGAGCACCUCAACAACCAACGUAUUCUAGCCAGCCAUCCGGCAGCGAUGGAGGCCUAGGCGGAACGCUCGGAUCCAUACUAGGUGGUGUUCUUGGCGGCGGUGGUCAUCAACAACCCUCAGGAGGAUAUCAGCCUUCAGGAGGAUAUCAGCCUUCAGGAGGAUACGGUGGUUAUCCAUCGUCUGGUGGAUACGGCCAAGGUUCAGGCGGGUCGAAUCUUAUAUCGGACAUAGGAUCCGCGAUUGGUUCCUCUUUGUUCAGUUCAGCUUUGGAUGGUCUGAGCAAACGUGGAAAAGAUAAAUCUCACGAUGACUAUCCCUCCGGACCACCACCACCGAAUUACGGACCACCGCCUCCGAGUUACGGGCCACCGCCUCCGAGUUACGAGCCGCCGGCGCCUCCAAAACCAGCCCCGCGUCCGAACACUCCACCGGCUUCCGGCGGGCAUAAAUUAAGCGCGGACGAGAUUUCGAAGGGGCUUGGACUGGACGAUUAAACGCGUCAAGAACGUGGGGAGUCGCGGGCCGCAAGUACACGCAAAUUGACGACGCUACUGUGCUCUCUUGUUGCUUCGAAACGAAGUCCACGUUGAGAAUCUCAUUUAUUGAAAUAGCGCGACGCGCUUAUUUGCCUCUCGGCAACAACAGAUCUUAAGUCGCAUCAGCAGCUGUACGAAAUGCGAAUUCUCUCGAAUUAUAUGUAUGAAUAUCAUCGUACAGUAAAAUAUAAUGUUAUACGGUUGAUAUUUUAAUAGAUUAUAAGCUCGAUCCGAAAGUGCUUUUAAGGAUUUUGAGGGUUGUUGCAUAUCUUAGAUAAAAAUCAGGACGGGAAUCGAUUAUACUCCGCUUUUUAGGAAGCCUUCCAUAAAAGAAUACAGU